ACAAGUCAGUCAGUACAGGGCGAGGCGGGACGGAGGAAAGACGAGGGGGGCGCCGCUCCUCCAGAAAAUGAACAAAAUGGCCACACAGCCACAAACGGGCGAGAGAGAGGCAGUGCGGCGGUACUUCCCUGCUGGAGUGUGGGAGGACCUGCCGCCCAUUGAGAGGAAGAGAUAUGAUAACCUGUAUAGAGGCCAUCUUGCACUCAGUAGUGUGGGAUUGUGGCACAAACCACCAAACUUCAUUAGAAAACAACAACAACAACAACAGCAACAACAACAACAACAACAACAACAACAACAAUUGGGUGGUCCCGGCAGGAGACGUAAGCGUAAAGAUGAUGACGAUAAUGAUGAUGACGAUGAUGAUGAUGAUGAGUGGACGCCUGAAUGUGACGAGGCGGCGAGGUGUACACGCGGUGGCAAGAUUAGGUUCGCGCCCCCGGUCAAAACUCGCAGGUGCAGGAGUCCUCAGCGUCCUGCGGUGCCCGGAGCGAGGCGGGGCCGGCCGCGGGCAGGGUGCAGGAAGGCGACGCGGCCUGGUGGAGCGGCGAGGCCAUGGCGCCCUGCUGGCGUGGCUGACGGGCCGCUGAGUGGGGGCCAGGCGGACGUGAUUGGUCACUGGCGCACGGCGAUACUGCAGCAGCGGGGUGACCGCGUCGCCACGGUGGUGCCCCGAGGCCUGGCUAUGCUGAAGAGUGUGUGUAGGGACAGCCUGACACCCGCCAUCAACGGCUGUCACCCAGCUGACAGCCACGAGAACAGCCUGAGACCUGCCAUAAACGGGUGUCACCCAGCUGACAGCCACGAGAACAGCCUGACACCCGCCAUCAACGGCUGUCACCCAGCUGACAGCCACGAGAACAGCCUGACACCAGCCACCAACGGCUGUCACCCAGCUGACAGCCACGAGAACAGCCUGACACCCGCCACCAACGGCUGUCACCCAGCUGACAGCCACGAGAACAGCCUGACACCAGCCACCAACGGCUGUCACCCAGCUGACAGCCACGAGAACAGCCUGACACCAGCCACCAACGGCUGUCACCCAGCUGACAGCCACGAGAACAGCCUGACACCCGCCAUCAACGGCUGUCACCCAGCUGACAGCCACGAGAACAGCCUGACACCAGCCACCAACGGCUGUCACCCAGCUGACAGCCACGAGAACAGCCUGACACCAGCCAUCAACGGCUGUCACCCAGCUGACAGCCACGAGAACAGCAUGACACCCGCCAUCAACGGCUGUCACCCAGCUGACAGCCACGAGAACAGCCUGACACCAGCCACCAACGGCUGUCACCCAGCUGACAGCCACGAGAACAGCCUGACACCAGCCACCAACGGCUGUCACCCAGCUGACAGCCACGAGAACAGCCUGACACCCACCAUCAACGGCUGUCAUCCAGCUGACAGCCACGAGAACAGCCUGACACCAGCCACCAACGGCUGUCACCCAGCUGACAGCCACGAGAACAGCCUGACACCCACCAUCAACGGCUGUCACCCAGCUGACAGCCACGAGAACAGCCUGACACCAGCCACCAACGGCUGUCACCCAGCUGACAGCCACGAGAACAGCCUGACACCAGCCACCAACGGCUGUCACCCAGCUGACAGCCACGAGAACAGCAUGACACCCGCCAUCAACGGCUGUCACCCAGCUGACAGCCACGAGAACAGCCUGACACCAGCCACCAACGGCUGUCACCCAGCUGACAGCCACGAGAACAGCUUGACACCCGCCAUCAACGGCUGUCACCCAGCUGACGGCCACGAGAACAGUAUGACACCAGCCAUCAACGGCUGUCACCCAGCUGACAGCCACGAGAGCAGCUUGACACCCGCCAUCAACGGCUGUCACCCAGCUGACAGCCACGAGAACAGCCUGACACCCGCCAUCAACGGCUGUCACCCAGCUGACAGCUUGUCACCCGCUGUCAGCGGCUCUCAGUCUGCACUGUCACACAACCUCCCCGCCUCGCCUAACGCAGUGCCCAGCGCCGCCGCCAGAGCCUUCGGGGCGUCGCGUCAGCAGGAAGGCGUGCUCCUGGACACCUACCUCUCUGCCCUGGCUGACGGGAGCCUGGACCCUCUCUGCUCGUACAUCGAGGGCAUGACGGAGGCCCUGGCGCCGUCACCGCCCGGCAGCGGCUGCCAGGCGGUGACGAAGGAGGACCCUGAGGCAGCAUCGGCAGCCGAGGCGCCCAGUCCCGGGGGGUGUGACGCCUGGCUGGGCGAGAUGGUGCAGGCUCUGAGGCGCGCCGAGCUUUGCUGCCCCCGGGAUGAGGCGUGGGAGGGAGAGAGAGCGGUGCAGGGAGGAAGGGAGGGAAUGGAACAGGAAAUGAGUGUGACACAAGUUGAGGCAGAGGACAGGAAGAGCAACAAGAAGGAAGACGAGAAGGACAAACAAAGGGAACUGAAGAAGAAAGAGGAGGAAGCAACAAUGAGAGAGAACACCACAGAGAACCAACUCAGGAAGGAGGAGAGCGGUGAUGACAGAGACAAGGAAGGAGAGGACGCCAAAGGAAAGGAACAGGCGGAGACAACAGAAGGAAAGGAGGAAGAGGAGAUCAAAGAAAAGCAACAGAAGACAAAGAUUAAGACGAAGAGAAAGGAGAAGCAAGAUAAGACCAAAGAGGAACUGACAAAGAAAACGGGGAAGGAAGGGAAGAGUGAAGAGAAAGUGUUGAAGAGAAGAGGAGCAGCGGAUGAAGACAAGGAGAACAUGAACACUUGCAAGAUGGAGACUACACCACGGGCGACAUGGAGCAGGCAGGGACCCGGGCCGCUGCUGUCGCUGUCUUGCCCUGCUGGAGGCGCCCCCAGCCGUCCUCAGGCAGAGCAGACAGCGGCGCGGCAGAGGAGGACGCUCAGACCGAGAAACCGCCGCCAUUGCUACGAGGAAGAUAACAUUCCUGCCGACGAUGACUUCUUGUACUGCGAGGAGUGUGAGAUGGAGUGGGUGGGAGAGUGCUCCUUGCACCCCCUCACCCUCGUUCUGGACACACCGGUGUGUCGCGAUGGCAGGGUGAGUCAGCGGGCGCGCCUCACAGCCCCCUGGCCCCUCCAGGUGGCGCCGUCACAGGUGGAGGGCGCCGGGCUGGGAGUGUGGACCGCUGCAGACCUCCCGCCACGCCUGGUCUUUGGGCCUUACGAGGGUCGCCUCCUGUCUAGAGUGGAGGAGGGCACGGAAUCGGGCUACGGGUGGCGGCUGCGGGGUCAGAGUGAUGCCCUGUGCUGCGUGGACGCCGUGGACGCGACCAUCAGUAACUGGAUGAGGUACGUGAACUGUGCGCGGAGUGAGGCAGAGACCAACCUGGGGGCAUUCCAGUACAAGGCUCACAUUUACUACAAGACGCUGCGUGCCAUUCCUAGAGGCAGCGAGCUGAUGGUGUGGUACGGUGACGAAUACGGUGCCGAGUUGGGACUGUCGAAGUCACAGGUGCCCAGCAGAGCCUGCACACCCAUGGGUAACUACUCCCGCAGGGGGCGCCGCCACCCUCACCGACCCCCGGCAUCUGCCACGCUACACUUCCCGCCCCCUGUAACUGCCGCGCCGCCAAAAGGUGAAGAGAUAAUCACAGAAAGGAAAGCGGCAGGCCACGGCGACCUGCGUGACGCAGCCCCCGCGCAGGAGACCCCCGCCACUCGAAAUGGCCCUGCACUCGCCCCUGCAGCAACGGGAGAGCCUUCAGCUGGACAGGGGAGGGGUGCCGCAGAGGGAGAAGAGAGGCGUGGGAGAGGAGACGCCGAGAUGAAGGAAGUGAGCGAGAGUGAGGAGAGUGAGGCAAAGAAACGCUUCCAUUCUCCAGCAGCAGAGGUGAGGCGUGGGAGAGGAGACGCCGAGAUGAAGGAAGUGAGAGAGAGUGAGGCAAAGAAACGCUUCCAGUGUUCUGACUGUGGGAAGAGAUUCAGUGAUAGUGGUUACAUGAAAACACACAGACGCACUCACACCGGAGAGAAACCUUAUGAGUGUCCAGACUGUGGGAAGAGAUUCAGUGAUAGUGGUAACAUGAAAACACACAGACGCACUCACACCGGAGAGAAACCUUAUGAGUGUCCAGACUGUGGGAAGAGAUUCAGUGAUAGUGGUAACAUGAAAACACACAGACGCACUCACACCGGAGAGAAACCUUAUGAGUGUCCAGACUGUGGGAAGAGAUUCAGUGAUAGUGGUAACAUGAAAACACACAGACGCACUCACACCGGAGAGAAACCUUAUGAGUGUCCAGACUGUGGGAAGAGAUUCAGUGAUAGUGGUAACAUGAAAACACACAGACGCACUCACACCGGAGAGAAACCUUAUGAGUGUCCAGACUGUGGGAAGAGAUUCAGUGUUAGUGGUAGCAUGAAAACACACAGACGCACUCACACCGGAGAGAAACCUUAUGAGUGUCCAGACUGUGGGAAGAGAUUCAGUCAAAGUGGUGACAUGAAAACACACAGACGCACUCACACCGGAGAGAAACCUUAUGAGUGUCCAGACUGUGGGAAGAGAUUCAGUCAAAGUGGUCACAUGAAAACACACAGACGCACUCACACCGGAGAGAAACCUUAUGAGUGUCCAGACUGUGGGAAGAGAUUCAUUGUUAGUGGUAACAUGGAAACACACAGACGUAAGUAUCAUUAGGAACUACUACUACUACUACUAUUACUACUGCUACUACUACUACUACUACUACUACUUCUUGUAUAUUUAUUGACCACUUUCUCUUACUAAUGACGUUUAAUAACUUGUCAGAAGCUUGAUUUCCUCACUGAAAUAAAAAUUAGUCAAUGGACUGAAAAUUUUAAUUCGGA